CCUAGCAGUCUGUGCCAUUAGCAUCUUUAAGCUGCAACAAUGUUUCACUUAAAAAUUGCUUACCUGACAUUGAUAUUUAUUAUUUACUCUACAGUGAAGCAUGUUCAGGGUGCAGAAAGAAUAUUCAAAACAGUUAACACACCUCUGGGUCAUAUUAGAGGACGAUUAUUUAACACUACAUCAGGUAAUCCAGUUUAUAUCUUCAGAGGAAUCCCAUAUGCUGAACCACCAGUAGGACAACUGCGUUUUAAGCCUCCAGUGCCCCUGUCUCCUUGGAAUGACACAAAGGAUGCUUUAUCAUAUCCUGAGAGGUGCAUACAGAGGCUUGGCGAUGGAACCAUAGAAGGAGUUGAGGACUGUCUCUACCUAAAUGUCUUUACCCCAGAGCUACCAUCAAAUAUUAGUGUCCCAAGGCCCGUACUAGUGAUGAUACAUGGUGGCUGCUUUAUGACAGGUUAUGCUGAAGAACGUCCACUGGAUUUCUACAUAGAUCAUGGGAUUGUUGUAGUUACCAUACAGUAUCGUCUUGGAGCUCUGGGAUUCAUGAGUACAGGUGAUUCUUUACUGCCUGGAAAUCUUGGAAUGAAAGAUCAAGUCCUUGCACUGCAGUGGAUAAAACAAAACAUUCUUGCAUUUGGUGGUAAUCCGGAUGAAGUUACCAUUGAGGGCCAAAGUUCAGGAGGAGCUGCAGUUCAAUACCACAUGAUGUCACCCAAGUCAAAAGGUCUUUUCAAACGUGCCAUAGCACAAAGUGGAUCAGCACUUUGCCCAUGGUCAUUUUCUAAAAAUGCUACAGACAGAACCUAUCGUUACACAUCUUACUUGGGACAUGAUGCACAGAACUCUUCUGAUCUGAUGGAAUUUCUGAUGACAGUUGAUGCAGCAGCCCUGGUGGAAGCAAGAUACCCCGCACUAAAUGAAGAGGAUAGAUUAAGUACUCUUAUCUGUGUAUGGGCACCACACGUGGAACCAGAGCAUGAAGAUGCCUUCUUGACAGAAGAGCCAUGGGUCAUAAUGUCAGAAAACCGCUACACUCAUGUUCCUUACCUAACGGGAGUCACAGACUAUGAAUUGCUGAUAAGGACACAAGAAAAUGAGAUGUUUGGAACCGAAGAAGGUACACAGAAUUUGAAUGAUAACUUUGAUGGCUAUGUUGCUCAUGAGCUUCGAUUUCCAACCAGAGAAGAGCAAUUGAAUGUAUCAGCACAGAUUCGACAGUUUUACUAUGGAGACAGUGAGAUAACACUAGAAUUAAAUGACACAACAGCAACUAUGAUAUCAGAUCUUAUGAUUGUGGAAGCAGUAGACACCACUGUACGAAACAUGAGUAGGGAUUCUUCAGAACCUGUUUACUAUUAUCAGUUUUCCUUCAGUGGACCUCUCAAUGCAUAUCCUGAUUUCCCAGGUGCUUCCCAUGGUGAUGACAGAAGAUACAUGAGUUACUAUACAUCACUAGAAACAGAUUCUGCUGGAUACAGAAUCGCAAUGCAGUUGUUACAGCUGUGGACAAAUUUUGUGAAAUAUAGUGAUCCAAUUCCAUAUGACACUGAUGAAUUACUUACAGAAGACUGGAAACAAUAUGAGGCAGACAGCACAAAUUAUCUAGGAAUAGGCUCCACUCUUGAAGCAGGUACAGGGCUUAACAAGGAACGGAUGGAUUUUUGGCACAGUGUGAUGCCAUAAGUUAGUUAGAGGUAUUACAAAAUCUGAUAAGCAACCUGUAUACCUUAAUUUGCAACGAAAAAUCAUAUCACAAAAACUGUUAAAGAAUAUACCUCAAAAAGAUGGAAGAGAAUCAUCCACACGAAAUACUUUUUCCAAUAUCAUAAAACUAUGAAUCUAUUUAAUUUCUAUAUAUUG